AUGUCUCACCGCAGAGUCAAAGACAUCGCCUAUGACGACGACGACGUCUACGACCAAUAUGAUGAUGACGAAGGCGAAGAAGAGUUGACCGAGGAGGACAAAGAGCAAAUGCGCCAGGGUACCAUAAAGGUCAGGGAAGCGCUGAGUCCCGAGUACUCCAACAUUUCGAACAAGCAGAUAGAGGAGGCGCUCUGGAACUACUACUACGACAUCGCCAAGUCCGUCACCUAUCUGAAGAGUGAGACGUCCUCAAGUCCAUCUCCCGCCGCUCCCGUUGACGCCCGCAUAGACGCCCACAAGCCCGCGCAACCCAAGAAGCCCAAGCAGCCCUCUCGCUUCGACCAGGCAGCAGGAGCCGCUUCCGCGACGCAGCCGAAGAAAGCCACUGACCCCUCUGUGGCCUUCCCGUUACCCAUGUUCCUUCCGACCAUGCGCACUGGUCAGUCGUCUGCGGAUUUCUUUUCCGAUACUCCUUGGCUCAACGUUCCCGCCCAUCGUCAAGGGAGGCUAUCGGAGGCAUAUACGGCUCCACGGGGUUAUCUGCUGGGUGGUUCAUCCAAGCCUUCGAAGCUGGCUGCUUUGGCUGCUGCUCGCAAGAAGAAGCAAGAGGAGGCCAAGGCGACCACGUCUGGAUCAACUGGCCAUGUGGGAGAGCCAGCUUCGGAUAAGGCCAUCGCCCUCUUGGACAGGCUCAAGACAAAGACCGAGGCGCCACCUGAGGGACAGUCUUCCGAAUCGAGCAUACUCACGGAGAAGACAAACACGGAUGGGGAAGCCAAAGCGCAAACAACACACCGAGCAUAUCCCACUCGUAGGAAAAAAAGCCCCAGCCCUGCCCGUGAGGAGCCAGUCAGCCAGCCCGAACUCCAGCCAGAGCCAGAGGAACAGCCAGCCGCCAAAAGGGUCAAACUCGAGGACGUUUUGGGCGCCCCGUCCACCUUUGCGAGUUCAAUGUUUGGUCCCAGGCCCGGAGGACAGCUCGAUAAUCCCAUGUUUAUGUUGCCGUACACGUCGUACCCGGAGUAUGCUAAAGCCAAACCCUUCGCAGGUCCAAGCCCAGAUGAUGUCGUUUUGAACGCACAGACGAAAGGUGCCAAUAAGAAGCAAACUCAAGCGAAGGACUCCAAGUCUAAGGAUGAGGCCGGCGGCCUUGCCGAAGGUGUAGAGGGGAUUAAGAUCGACGAGGCUCCACGGGUGAAGAGCAAGAACCUGAAUGUCCUUGAGGAGUACGAAAAGUCGAAUAUGAAGAAGUCGGCGAACUUUGUCGUCAUCGGCCACGUCGACCAUGGCAAGAGUACUCUUAUGGGCCGUUUGCUGUAUGACCUCAAGGUCAUUGACCAGCGCUCUGUGGAUAAGCUGCGGAAAGAAGCACAAAAUAUCGGCAAGUCCUCGUUCGCAUUAGCCUGGGUGAUGGACGAAACGUCAGAGGAACGGUCGCGAGGCGUUACCGUCGAUAUUGCAACCAACACCUUCGAGACGGAGAAGACGAGGUUCACGAUUCUCGACGCGCCAGGCCACAAGGACUUCGUGCCGAACAUGAUCGCAGGAGCAAGUCAGGCGGACUUUGCGGUGCUCGUCAUUGACGCCAGCACUAACAGUUUCGAAUCCGGUCUGAGAGGGCAAACGAAGGAGCACGCGCUACUUGCUCGUAGCAUUGGCGUCCAGCGACUCAUUGUCGCCGUCAACAAAAUGGACACCACCUCGUGGUCAAAGGAGCGCUUCGAUGAGAUCUCCCAACAAAUGUCCGCGUUCCUCACGACGGCCGGCUUCCAGGCCAAGAACAUUGCCUUCGUCCCGUGCGCCGGUCUCACCGGUGAGAACAUUGUCCAACCCGCACCCACGGAACUCGCCUCCUGGUACAGCGGGCCCACCCUCGUCCAAGAACUGGAGGCUUCGGAGCCCAGCAAACGCGCCAUCGACAAGCCGCUCCGCCUCACCGUCGGCGACGUCUUCCGCGGCGGCAUCACGAACCCGCUGUCCAUCUCCGGGCGCAUCGACUCGGGCAGCCUCCAGGUCGGCGACCAGCUCGUCGUCAUGCCCUCGGCCGAGACGGCCUUCAUCAAGGGCAUCGAAAUCGACAACAACACGGGCGAGCCCGCCGACUGGGCCGUGGCCGGCCAGAUCGUCACGCUGCACCUCGCCGAGAUCGACCCGCAGCACCUGCGCGUCGGCGACAUCGUCUGCCACGCGUCGUCGCCGAUCAGGAACAUCCGCUCCUUCACCUGCAAGAUCCUCGCGUUCGAGCACGUCACGCCCAUGUACGUCGACGUGCUCAAGGGCCGCCUGAACGUCAGCGCGCGCGUGACGAGGCUCGAGGCCGUGCUGGACAAGGCGAGCGGCGAGGUGGCGAAGAAGAGGCCGAGGAUCGUGCAGCCGGGCGCGGUGGCGAGGGUCGUGGUCGAGCUGACGCAGGCGGUGCCGCUGGAGCCGCCGUCGAGGGUCGUGUUGAGGAGUGAGGGGAACACGGUUGCGGCUGGGUUGUUGGAGAGUACGGCUUCGUGA